AUGGCUCUUAGAAUAUUGGUUUGCUGGUUUGCCUCGACAGGAUCAGCUGCUGGAAGUUCUGUAGUUGCUGAUUUGGCGUUCAAUCACGAAAGAGGUAAAAAGAAUGGCUGGUGGUCCAGUGCACUUAUGUUGGGUACUCCAAGUGGCCCAUUCUUCAUGGGAUUUGUGCAAUACCAUGCAGGAACUCGGUGGAUUUAUUUUACUUUUGCAAUCAUGAAUUUCGUUCAGUUUGUUCUUUGGUUGGUUGCAGAUGAGACAGUAUAUAUAAGAGAAAAGAAGACAGAAGAGGUUACAGGCGUAGAUUUAGGUAAGAAAGGUAUCUUGAGAUGGCUUGGACUUUAUAAAAGAACCCAAGAACCUUUUACCUGGGAUAUCUUCUUCAGACCAUUGAAACAAUGCGCUAACUAUAAUGUUUCACUGUCUACAAUUGCUUUAGCUAUUACAUUCUGCUAUGGUAAUAUUCUCUUUGUCGUUGAAAUGCCACAGACUUUCGGUAGUAUAUUUCAUCUUGAUGCACAAAUGCUUGGAGUACAAUAUGUUGCUCUUAUGAUUGGAUCUGUUAUUGGGGAAUUACUUGCUGGCCCACUUUCAGACUGGUGGAUGAAAUACUGCGAGAAACUGAGAGGAAAGAGAGUGGUAGUUGACAGAUU